AUGCUUGGUGGAGAACAGGCGAAUAACCUGGAAGCCAAAGAGAUCCGCAUCAGAAAGCGUCGACAUGCUGAAGAACGAAAGCGCCUUUUGCGUGAGGCAAAUGCUGAACUGGAGGAUGAAGGAAUUAUUGUGGGAAUUUACGAAAAUAUUCAAGAUGAACUCCGAGUCAAGAAUAGGCUGCUAAGAAAAGAAAGACAAAAAGUGAGAAACGUAGAGCUCUUUCGUUCUGUGAUAAAUGUAGCCAUUGAACCAGGUAGAUGA